AUGGCUGAAGGGAAAAGAAAAUCUUCAGACAAUAAUAAUAUUCAAGAUUGGAUUAAGGAGCUCUUGCCUGAUUUUGCUCCUCAUCAUAUGGGAAUAAGUGGAGUUACUAAUUUGCCGUUUUCUGGUUUGAGUAAUUACAAUCAACAAAAUCCAGCCAUGGCUGCAGUUACAUUGCAGUCGAAUAAUAAUAGUAAUAACAAUAAUCCCAGCUUGUGGCAGCAUCCACAAUCAGUUAUCCUCAGUAAUCCAAUCAAUCAUAGAACCGAAGGCCCUUCAAUGUUUCGUCGAGACUUCUCUCAGCCGAACCAAACUUCGAACAUGGGCUUGAACUUAAAUCGGUCGCAGUUACAAGUUUUGCCCACUCGACCAAAUAUCUAUCAAUUUUCAGCGCAACCCGGUUCAUAUUCGAUCGACUUUAGUCAACAUCAGCAAGUGCAGGCAUCUACUGGAUUCCCUUCGACAAAUCUCAUGGGAACAUAUCAUGAGAAUUUUAACAUUCUUCAGAGUUCGGACCAACCUUUAAUGAUGAGAAGUUUGGGAAGGCCGAAUGGUUUGAUGAUGUCUGAACGUGCUCGUCCGGAGUUAUUACACGUGUCGGCUUUUCAAAGGCCACAAACGCCGGGUCUUUGUGCUUUACAAGAACCCGUUCUUCAACCGGAGCUUGUGAUGAAUCCCAUCAUUGACUGGAUAGAUGAAGCAUAUCACAAGAUUCUGCAGAUGAAGAAUUCGUUUUUGGCUGAUGUUCUUGAACUGUAUAAAAGAUCACAGAAUGGGAAAAAUUCGACGAACAAUGCAGAAAAUAUAGCUUCGUGCGAAAAGGUCAUAAUAUCAACCAAGAGGAUAUUCAGUUUCCUUCACAUGUCACGGUCUGAUAUUUCCCGCUGGCAAAAGGAUAAGUUCUGCCGUAUGAUGAAAGACGUAAUAAAUUACAUGAACCAGGCCCGGUUAUCAAACUCCUUCCCUCAGAACCAGAAUCAACGAGCUCCGAUCAAUGGUUUCAACCAGACGAGUCCAUCUGGGCCGUCCAAUCAGCCCGUAUUCGAUCAGAGGGCCCACAGCAUUAUUCUCAGCCCGACACAGCCCAAUAACAGCGGAGUUCUCGGCCGAUCGGAUUCUGCUACACCCAUUUCCCCUGCUCCGGAGAAAAAACAGCUAAACGAACCAGCAGUUGUUAAGAGGCUCAAAAGCACGCAAAAUUCUCCUAGAUUUAGUCAGAGAUCGUCUCGAGUGUCUUGUGGUAGUGCUUCGGCUCUGAAGUCGCAGAAAUCGAGCUUGCCAGCUUCACCAUUGUCAUCUUUUUCUUCUAAGCUUUCUAAACCUGCUGCGGUUUCACCAGUCUCUGGUUCAUCCUCGCCAGCUUUGCUUUCUCCUUUGACUCCUUUGACUCCUUUGACUCCGAACUUGAAGCCGGUGGAUUUCGCUAAGAGCCCUUUGUCAGUUGAUGAUAGCUGCAAAAUUUCUGCAAAUUCGGGAGAUCGGCCAUUGAUAGAAGAAAAAGCAAGCAGAAAGGUAAUUUCCACGGACGAGAAGUUUUCGGAGAAGUCUGGUGCGAAUAAUACUGAGUUGGCUGAGAAAAAGCGUCCGCGGGAUGAAGAAGAAGAUGGAAAUCCGGUAAAGCGCCUGGUUGAUGCGGUGACAUCUGUUUCACACAGAGCUUUGAAUUCUGCCAUACAGGAUAUGAAUGUUAUCGCAAGCUUAACUGAUAGGAUAGCCGAGAGUUUUCUCCAUGGUGAUUCGAUUUCUACCCGAAUCUUGGCUGAUGAUAUUAGAUAUUCUGAAAUGCAGACGAUGGAGAAGGAUCAAUUCGAAACUACAACUUGCCAGGAAAUGAUUACUGAAACGGGAUUUUGUAACACGAACAAUGUUGAGAAAAGACUGAAGAAAGAGGCUAGUGAUGAGCUGUUUGAAGAGAUUCAGACAAUCAAUCAGAGGUUUAUGGAAGUGAAAGUUGAUAUAAUGAACAUUGAUGAAGUUUCAAGGACCGGAUUUGAUGAAUGUGCUCUCGUUCGCUGCUCGUAUGUUCCCAUAGGACCUGCUUCCCAACAGAUGAUUCAUAAACUGAACCUGGAAUUGAUCGUGCCUCCCGAUUAUCCCAGUUUCUCUCCUACUGUGACCGAUAAAAUGCCUUCCGAUUGCGGUGACUCUGAGGAAGGUAAAAGUCUGUGGAGAAAGGCAAAAUCGAACUUGGGUUUAAGACUCAGACCAUUUUCUCAGCCCAUAUCGGUCAAACAAAUUGCUCGAGCCUGGGAAAUUAGUGCUCGAGAAGUGUUUCUCGAGUAUGCGGUGCAAAUGGGAGGGGGUAGCUUCAGUUCAAGAUAUGGUGAAUGGUAUUAG